AUGAACACAAGUGCACACGCAACUCAAGCAACCAAACCGGGGCCAGCCACCAUGGAGCAUAAGCACCACACCAGGAUAUAUGGGGUCUGGACGUGUGGGCACGGCACCCAAUUCCGCGCAUCUACGACAACGCGUAAAGUCCUUGAGAUCGAGCUUGAAUCCGUGCAGUACUUCAACGACAGUCUCACUGGCGAGAUUCGCAUCCCCUGGAAAUGCCACAUGUGCCGAUACGACUCAAUUCAGCGACAGUUCACGGAGCUCGCAAGUGAGAUCAAGAGAGUCCAUGACGCGAGAUUAUGCGCUUCCGAGGAUGUGAGUGACAAUUUCGACUUCCAUGUGCAGAUCCUCCUGUGUGAAGUCUUCGUGCAGCGCCAGAUUUUGCCGCCGCAGCGAUUGGAAAAGCUGGCGGGGUUGUGGUUCAAGGCCGUUUGGGAGAGUUACCGCAAGGAUGAUUAUGCCUGGAUGGUCCAUAAGACGGUGAACUGUUUGUAUGAUCUGGAUCCGGAUGAGGUCAUGGUGGAGUAUUUUGUGGUGCAGGGCAUGGGCUUGAAGGACGGCCCUUUACUGGAGUUACGACAGAAGCGAGGGAAGAGUCACUGA